AUGGCUCGAUUGUCGACGGCGUCGCCAUUCACAACCAAAAGCUCUUCCGAGAAGGGUGCAGCCGAACUCAACCAGCUCCUCCGUCGACUCGACCAGACAAUCCUCCAUGCCGAUCAGGACCGCGAGCGCAGGUUACGGGCGAGCGAGUUCGAGCGGGCGAGGCUGAACUCGAACCUCGACUAUGCGCGAAGUCUUCUUACCAGAGUCGAACAGGAGGCGAUGCAUAUCAAGCUCCUUUCCCGGAGGCAAGAUAUGCAAGCCGACCUGAACCGGAAGCGCGAACUUUUGGAACGCCUAGUGGAUAGAAUGCACGACCUGGAGCAGUUACACGAGGAGGAGGACGACAACAGCUCAGACGGCGAGGAUAUCCUGGCCGAUAUUAUCCCCACGCCAAGCGAGAGCAUGGACUCGCGAUCGACGGAUAUACCAACGGAAGACACGGGCGACCAAGACGAGGAUGACGAACCCGAGAUACCAGACCUUCCUCCGCCAGUGUCGGCGCUGCCGACGGAACCAUCACAACCCUCCUCAGCGGCAGUGGCUUCAGAAACAGAACAAUCGUCAUCACACCAGCCACCACAAACAACCCUAGAAUCCGGCACGAUAACAACCCAGACCCUCCGUUCCCGCGGUCCCGCCCGCCCCGACUCACCCUCCGCGACAACGACAGCAACGGCGCGCGCAGCCCUCUUCGCCUCCCGCCGCUCCAACACCAGCAAGUCUACAGCGUCGGCCCCGGCCUCAUCCACAGCGACGGCGGAAGCGAUUCUGGACCACCAGCGCGCGGAACAGGAUGCGCUGUCCGAGUCGAUCCUGAAGAUGGCCAGUGCGCUCAAGGCCAGCUCGCAGAAGUUCUCCGACACUCUCGAGCAGGACAAGAACGUGGUGUCACGCGCGGCGGACGGGAUGGACAAGACGGAAAGGUCGAUGGACGCGGCGAGCCGGAGGAUGGGCACGUUGAGGAAGAUGACAGAGGGCAAGGGGUGGUGGGGCCGGAUGAUACUCUACGCGUGGGUAUACGGGCUUAUGGUUGCGUUGGUUCUGUUGGUGUUUGUGAUGCCCAAGCUGAGGUUCUAG